UUGCCACAUUAGCCACGGCUACUUAUCCAAACUUGAGAUGUAGUAGUAGGGAUGCGUCAACCUUCCCAUUAUUGGUCUGUAGACCAAUCAUAUUGCCUAUUCUAACUCAUCUGAUUUGUCUAGGAAGUGGGUCUUUGUUUACGUUUUUCUGAAGUACAUAAAUAAAAACAGUGAAUUUUCAAUUUUCAUAAAUCAGUUGUUUGCAGAGUUGUGAGGAGUUAAUUUUAUUAUAUAUUUUUAAUUGGGUGUAGUCUAGACAAUGAAGCUGUUACUACUUUUUGUUGCCUUUUUUGUGGGAACACAAGCCGUUUCUUUCUUCGAUUUGGUUCAGGAAGAGUGGACCUCAUUCAAGGUGACUCACCAAAAACAAUAUGACAGCGCGACGGAAGAAAGGUUUCGCAUGAAGAUCUUCAUGGAAAAUUCUCACAAGGUUGCCAAACAUAACAAAUUAUAUGCCAUGGGAUUGGUUUCUUACAAAUUAGGUAUGAACAAAUACGCCGAUUUGCUACACAGCGAGUUCGUUCAGGCGUUGAACGGAUUUAACAAGACUAAGAAUAUGUUGGGAGGAGCGGAAUUGGACGAUUCCAUCACAUUCAUAGCACCAGCUAAUGUCAAGAUGCCAGAAGAAGUAGAUUGGCGAACCCAAGGAGCUGUGACAGCUGUCAAAGAUCAAGGCCAUUGCGGGUCUUGCUGGAGUUUCAGUGCAACUGGUUCACUUGAAGGACAAAACUACAGAAAAACUGGAAAACUAAUUUCUCUAUCAGAACAAAACUUGGUCGACUGCUCCACUAAAUAUGGUAACAAUGGUUGCAACGGUGGACUUAUGGACAACGCCUUCCGUUACAUCAAAGACAACCGUGGUAUUGACACAGAAGCUUCUUACCCAUACAAAGCUGAAGAUGAAAAGUGCCAUUACAACCCCAAGUCCAAGGGAGCCACUGAUAAAGGUUUCGUUGAUAUCGAUUCUGGUAACGAAGAAGCUUUGAAAGCCGCUGUUGCUACUGUUGGACCAGUGUCUGUAGCCAUCGAUGCCAGUCAUGAAACCUUCCAGUUGUAUUCUGAAGGAGUAUACUCAGACCCCGAAUGCAGUUCAACCGAAUUAGACCACGGAGUCCUAGUAGUGGGUUACGGAACAGACGAAAAUGGCGUAGAUUACUGGUUGGUCAAAAACUCUUGGGGUCCUAGCUGGGGACAAUCUGGUUACAUCAAAAUGGCCAGGAAUAAGAACAAUGCUUGUGGUAUUGCUACCCAAGCCAGUUAUCCUCUCGUAUAAUAUAUUUCCAAAUCAAAAAAUUAGAAUAGUUUUUCGAAAUUAUUAGCUCUCUUACUAUUUUUUUCUGACAUUCUUUAUUAGUUCCUUUUUUUUAUAACAUUUAUACCAUUUUUAAGUCGUUUUGUGUGUCAGCUAAUGAUGUUUUUUUUUUUGUCAAAAACGUCAUUUAGUUGUGAAUGUGUAUAUUUUUAUCGUUUACGAUCAUUUAUUUAUAGAGGCUGUGCCGUUUUAUUGCAAUAAAACAACUUUAAACUGAUCAUGG